CAGCGAAUGAAUGAAUCGUCGCCCCGCUGUGGCGUCACUAACAGACCGCUGCCACUUUUCCUCGUGCCGCUAGUCAACAUGAGUACUUCUUUACCACAGAAGAAAUAUUACCGACAAAGGGCGCAUUCCAACCCCAUGGCUGAUCACUCGUUUGACUACCCAGUAAAGCCAGAAGAGAUGUGCUGGGAUCAACACUACCCAGAGUUCUUCAAAUCUCAGAAUGAGGACAGUUGCCUUCAUGAAGAGAACAUUCUGGAGCAGCCAGUGCUUCCUGCACAGGUGGAGUUUGCAGACAUUGGCUGUGGAUAUGGAGGCCUGUUAGUGGAGCUCUCGCCGCUCUUCCCACAGACGCUCAUGUUGGGUAUGGAGAUCCGAGUCAAAGUGUCGGACUACGUCCAGGACCGAAUCCGUGCCCUACGGGAGAGCCAUCCGGGCUGCUAUCAGAACAUCGCCUGCAUCCGUGGAAACGCAAUGAAGUAUCUCCCGAAUUUCUUCAGAAAAGGCCAGCUCAGCAAGAUGUUCUUCUUAUUCCCGGACCCUCACUUCAAGAAAACCAAACACAAGUGGCGGAUCAUCAGUUCCACACUGCUGGCAGAAUAUGCUUACGUGCUACGCUUGGGGGGCCUGGUUUACACCAUCACAGACGUGGAGGAAGUUCACCAGUGGAUGGUCAAGCACUUCACCGAGCACCCUCUGUUUGAGAGGGUCCCACGUGAGGAGCUGGCUGACGACAUUAUCAUUGACCGCUUGGGCUCCUGCACUGAAGAAGGCAAGAAAGUCCAACGGAAAGGAGGAGAGAAUUUUCUGGCAAUUUUCCGCCGCAUCGAGGACCAAGUUGGUUCUGCCCACCGUGAAGACCAUACCCACUAGAGGUGCUUUCAGUGCUUUUGUAUGUUAGACCAUGAAAAGAGAACAUGAGGACCUUUGCCUUAACUCACUCUAAACCCCCCGCCAGCCCCCUAUUAUUGUGAGAGAAACGUCUCCACGAGAUGACAUUAACCACCACAGAAACAAAGUGACGUGGUGGUGGAGAAAGCAAACGUCUACAUCCUGGAUUGGGGAGGGGGGGUUGAAUGGCUGGCAGGAAGUGACAUCAUGGAAAUGAAUGAUGAGUGGCUGGGGCAGUGUGUUUUGGAUGGUAUUUUAGAAACAUGCAUCCCAGCAUUACGAUUAAGGGGGAAAUCACAGCAUUCUCUGGAAAAACAAAACAUCAGAAGGUUAACUAAGUUGUAUAUUUUUAUGUUAAAAAGAUUAAAGGAUACUUCAAACUGG